AUGCCACAACAGACUUCUAUAUGGCAACAUUCUCGAGCUUACGUUCUCGCUCUAGCGGCCUUCAUGGGCAUUUUCAUGUUCGGAUAUGACACUGGUCUUGGGGGUGGUUUGAUUGUCCUUCCAAGUUUCCUCAGAGAUUUCGAUAUGUUAGAUCUCGACGCUGAAGCUUUGGCAAACCGAAAGGGAAAUGUCGUGUCAAUUCUUCAAGGAGGAUGUCUCGCUGGAGCUUUGUUAGCUGCACCUCUUACCGAUCGUAUCGGUCGUCAAAAAUGUCUCAUCGUCAACUGUUUCGCAUUUCUGCUUGGUGCAAGUUUGAUGACCGCCUCUCCUGGUAAUCUUGAAAAUGUUCCCAAACACAUUCGAGGAAGAAUCACUGGGCUGUUCCAGGUCAUCGUAGCUUCAUACUGGAUCACCUACGGCGUACAAUUCAUGAAGCCUACUUCAGCACAAUGGCGAAUACCGGUUGGUUUCCAGCUUGUUCCCACCUCUAUCGAUGACGAGGAAACCAGAGCCGAAUUCGAGGAGAUCGUCGCUUCUGUCGCUGAAGAAGAGGCAGUCACAGGUGGUCGAAUCAAGGGAGCUAGCACUAGUUUACUUGCUUCGGGUAUUUAUGGUAUUGUCAAGAUUGAUGCCACAGCUAUCUUUAUUUUUUUCGGUAUCAAACGAUUUGGUAGAAGACGGUCCCUGACAAUCGGUCUUGGAUUAAUGAGCUUGUUUCUCUGGAUCAUUGGUGCCAUCUUCAAUACCCACCCUCCCGAUGCAAACGCCGCUAAACCCUCUGGCGCAUCCAUCGGUAUGGCCGCAUGUAUCUAUCUAUUCGUCAUUCCGUACUGUUUCGCAGUUGGGCCUGUGCCAUGGGUGAACUCGAGUGCCACUCAAUGGCUAUGGAAUUUGAUCGUCUCGAGGUUCACUCCCAACAUUGUACUGUCGUUGAAGCAUGCAGGUGUAUUCUUUUUCUUCGCGUCUAUCAACAUCUUCGCGACCAUUGCCGCUUUCUUCCUUCCUGAGACAAAAGGUCUAGCCCUCGAAGAUAUGGACGUUCUCUUCGGUCUGAUUGACGCUGAUCAAAGACGAGCCGAUCUCGCUAGAGCAGAGGCGGGAAGAAGUAUUGAAAAGGAUGAUGAUCUGCUCGAUGAGAAGCCGGGAGACACCAAGAUCGAGCGGGUCUAG